GAUCGCAUAGGAUCGUGUAAGAAAAAGCUGACCUACGUUGCGUACAUUGUGAUCAAUCUUGUGGUCUUGAUUUCUUGCAUGUUUUCAUAAAUGUUCGCAAGAGGAUUCAUUACGUUGUAUACAUUGAUAUUUAAGUUUCAAAAUAAAACGCAAUAGUUAAGUGGGACGAGACGAGGAGUUUGAGUGACUUAUGAGUGUAAUUCGUUGACUGGAAUUUACUUCUCUGCAGCCAUUGAUGAUGAGUCGAUCUUACACAUGCGGCCAAAAUAAGAAAUCCUUACAGAAAAAGGAAUAUACAUAUACAAUCUUCAUAAAAAAAUUAUCAUAAUCUGCUACGUGAUAUUAUAUAUUUAUAUGUAUACAUACAUAUACUCGUUUGUCUUCAUUAUGUUUAUGUAUGGCAUAAAUGCAUUAUGUAUACUGAACUAAGAAUAUAGAUAAUCAUGUUGGAGAAUCAGUUAUCAGCAAAAACGAAGAAUAACGACAAUAAAGAUAACAAUUUAAAUCCAGAAUCGGAACAUAAAUUGUUAAUAAAUUGGACUCCAUUGGAUAAUAGUAGAUUCUUUUUGAAACGACGAUUUAGAUUAUCCAAAAUGCUGAGUAAAUCAGUUCCACUAAAAAGUACAAGUUUAUUUCAACAUAGAAUGAAUAGAUCCUUAAACUUUGAUAUUAGUAGUCCAAGGAAGGAUAAUUUAUUAAAAUAUUCAAGUUCAUAUUUAGACAUAGAUUCUUUUGAUACAGACAAAUCAUUGCGAGGCUUAUCUAGAUCUGCUAAAAUAAUGAGAGCACUUAGUUUCAAUCGUGAUUCGUUUUAUCACAGAAACAUGAAUAUAAAAAAGUCACUGAAUUUUGAUUCAUCUCCGAGUCCACAAAAGACCAAUAAUUUUGAUAUGGGUUCUCCUGCUGAUUCAAUUACUGACACAUCAUCAUCCGUAUUAGACAAGUCCUUGAGGCUUGAUUCAAGUUCAAGUGAUUCAGUUGCCAGCAGCAUGUUGGUUGCAUCGUUGGAGUCAAUUGAUGAAAAUCAGAAUCAAACGCCUCAACAAAAUCGAAAAAUUGCUAAACUGUCAAAUAGCAGAAGAAUUAAUACAGAAAAUAUUAACAAGUCAGGAUCAUCAUCCUGUUCUACAUCGUCGCUUCGAAGCAAUCUCAAAGAAAAAAUCGACAACAUCAUACAUACAUCACAAACACCUGAUUUACAAUCCUUCAAACGACAAAAUAGAUCAAGAGCAUUUGGCUGUAAUAUAGUUGCAAGUACACCCAGGAAUUUGUCUCAGGAAUUCAAUCAGAAUGAACAUAACAGGCCACAUACACCUGACAAUGCAAUGCAUUUAAUCCCAGAAAGUAUGAGUGCUAUCAAAAAGAGCCACAAAAAGGAGAAGCAGUAUGCUCAUGAAGAACGCUCAUUUACACAACAGAAAAAUGUUCCUGCCCAAAACGAAGACACAUGUACAAGUUUGGAAUCAAUAGCAAUGGAUAUAUCUGCAAUUGCUAGCUGUAGUAGAGCUUUCGUAAAAGAAUCUCAGAAGAAAAACAAAACUGUAAAAAAAACACUUAUUUAUGAUUCAGAAGAUGAACUUUUUGAGACUCGAUUAAUUAAGCACAGUGCACAGCAAAAAACCAUAUUGAAGGAAAAGAAUUCUUUGGGAAACAGAUUGAACAAAAUAAAAAAUGAUAAAAUACAGGACAUGGAUUCAAGCGAUUGUGAGAAAUGUGAAGAAAAUAUACAAGAUAGAGACAGUACACAUCUUACAAAUUAUCACGAUAAAGCAGACUAUUCUGCACAAAAUAUCUGCGAUAAGAAUACAUGUCAGUCAUCCUCACAAAAAGAAUUAUCAAAUGUUUGUAAUGUCAAUGUAAUGGAUGAGAGCAGAGCAGUAUCUUCAGAACACAAUUCCACUGUUUCUCAAAAUUCUAAUAGAGCGACUACACCUGAAAAUAAUAUAAAUAUUAUAGAGCAUAUAUUUACAGAAUCGAUUAAAAAAUCGCAUAAGAAGAUUAAACAUGAAAAUAGAAAAACUUCAUCAAAAGCCAAGAUUCUCUAUCAGAAAAUACAAACAGCGCAACUUGAAACAUCAGUUAAAAAUACUUUUAAUGAUCAGUUUAAAGAUGUUAAAAAUGAAGCUAUUGAAGUUUGCGUAUUAAGCUCGCAGAAUGCUGAUCGACCGAGCACACCUGAAAACAUAAAUUCAAGCAGACUCUUAUUAUCUGAUUUUAAAUCAGUUAAAAAGUCACACAAAAAAGACAAGUACAGCAAAAGAAUUUCCGGUCUCGCUAAAUGCCAUAAAUAUCAUCAUGAGUAUCGUAAAAAAUAUGACAAUUUAUUACAAGAUAAUAGAUAUGAAGAAAGAAAUAUUAGCAAAACUUUACAUAAAAAUGAAUCACUUGAGAUAAAUGAAUCUGUUGAUGUAUCACCCAAAAAGAAAAAAAAGUCGAUGAAUGUGUCCUUUGAAAGCGAUGUACGCAAAUUGUUAUAUUCUUCCAAAUCACCAUCUUUAAGAUGCAACAAUACAAAUGAUGAAUUUAGAAUUUAUACUCCUACCAGAAAAGUAAUAUCAACAAGCCGAGUUACAAAUUGUGCAGACGAAAUAUUACAGGAACAAGAUAAACCUGCACAAAUUACAUCAAAGGAAAUCGAUUGUUUCAGAUGUACGACACCAGUCGCACGUUGUUUGAAAAAACCAAGAGAAAGCGAAGAUUUUAUAUAUGCUAAUACUAAAAAACUUGAGAUUAAUACAUCUGUUUUGAGCGAUGGAUCAGCGGAUGUUGCAGAUCUGAAAGACAAAAAUGGUAGAUCAACUCCUAUAAAUAUGUCAACGACAGAAUUACUUUGUAAUAUAGAUUCUAUUAAAAAAUCACAUAAGAAAGAUAAACAUAGUCGCAGUAUAUGCAAGAGACCAAUUUUGUGGAAGAAAGAAUCAUAUAUCGAAAAAACUGCAAAUGCUACAAAUAUGUUAAAACAACAUACGUUUUUAAAACAUAUGGAUGUUGAUAAUGAUUGUGCCAAAACGGGAACGUGCAGUAAUACGCGUGAUGAAGAGAGGAGCAAAUGCUAUGAAGAAAUUAUUUACAAUGACCUUCAACCAUCUACGAGCCGAGCAAAAGACAAUGUUGACGUAAAAACCGUGAGAAAAUCAGAACUGAAUACAACACCUCCAAAUGAUUUAAACGCGACGAAUUUUUUCAAGUUAUUACAUACGAUUUCCAUUAAAAAAUCACAUAAAAAGGAACGUGACUGUAACGCGCAAGCCAAGUACAUUUUGAUGAACAAGGAACAUGAAUUGUCUGAUGAUGGAUCAAUAUUCGAUGAAGAGGAUAAAUUAAAUUUUACUGAAAACUAGACACACAUAGGGAUAAUGACAAUGAAAUAAUGUAUAAACUAGAAUAAGAACUACUAGAAAAUAUUUUUUGACAGACAAGAGAGUAAAUCAACAAGGGAACAUAAUAUUUAUUUUGAAUUCUGAUAGUGCAUGUCUGUUUAUCUAUUUCGAUGCUAUUGAAAUGUUUGUUCUAGUAAAUUCAAUGGGUAAAAUAUUAAACUUGCUUAAUUUGUUUUACAGAGAAUACUUUGUAUACUUUGCAUUCUGUUACACAAAAAUGUUAAACAACUAUAAAAUAUAGUUACUUGUUAGCUAUCCUAGAAUUCUUUAUUCAUAUACUCAAGCCAAAUCAACAAAUAAUAAAUGAAUUGAUGACAUAAAAAUAUGUUAUAUCUACGAAUAUAAUAUAACAAAUGCUUAUAUAAAUAUAUAUAAAUAUAUUUACAAGAGAUUUUAAAUACGUUGAAAAGAGCAAUGAAUAUGUUUGGAGUAAAAAAUUCAAAUUAAAUUAUAUAAUAAAAUACAUAUAUACAUAUACAUAUAUGUAUACAUCACUGAUGCACUAACAGUAUUCGAAAUGUAUAUGUUAAACUAACUGUUUAAUUCUCAGCGUUAUCUAUUCAAGGUGGAACAAUAGACUUAAUGUUCUUUCUUAGAUUAAUAUAUCUUUCUAUCUUUCUCCUCUCUCUCUCUCUCUCUGUAUUGUUUUUAUGGAAUAUUUUUACUUAUGGAUUUUUAAGUCUGUUGCAACACACUUGACUUCGAUAAUAUUAGUUUCUGUAGAUUUCAUAUAUUGCAUUUUUUGUUACAUUUUCGUAUAUAAUUUAUAAAAAGAAAUCCUAAAAAAAAAGAGAUAUGCAAUUAUUCAAAUAAUAUUUGAAUGUUACGUAUGCAUUUGUUUGAAAUUCGGUUUCAUAUCAAUCUUAGAGUAUAUUAGUUUAUAAUAGUUACAUAUAUUUAAACAAUUACACAUUAAACAUUAAAAAUUAUUAAUUAAGUUUAUGAUGGCAUUAAAUAUGAAGUGGGUUAGGAUAUCUAAACAGUUAGGAUAUUGAUUGAUAAUGUAUAUCUUUGUAAUAUUGUAUAUAAGAUAUUAAAACAAAUACACAAUUUUCUACUUGAUUAAUAUAUAUGAAAGUUUUUUUUAUAUGUAUGUAUGUAUGUAUGUAUGUAUGUAUGUAUGUAUGUAUGUAUGUGUAUAUGUAUGUGUUUUUCCUCGUGUGUGUGUGUGUGUGUGCGUAGAAAGGAGUGAUGUCAAAUCUUUAAAAAUAUACAUUUUUAAAGAUUUUAUUAUAAUUAAUCCCAUAAUAUAAAGAAUAUCUGAAAGAAAGAUAAA